AUGUUCCUAGAGCGAUGCCUGGAGAUUUUGAAGCGGGGAGACGAAACAAGGGAAGUUUUUGCAGCCCACGCUGCCUGCGUUGCAAUUUGUUGCUGGUUUGAUCAUGUCGAAAGAGCCCCCCGCUACUUAUCAGAUGAGCAAGUGACUGGUAUAACCAAAGCUGGCACUACUUUCUUGAGGGCUAUCGAACUCCUGGCCAGAAUUGGGGUCGCAGAGCAGAAGGCAAGGUGGAAGCUUUUGCCGAAGGCACACGCAAUGGCCCACAUCAUUGAAGAUCAGCAUGAAGAAAAAUACAACAGUCGCUUUUAUCACUGCUAUGCCGAUGAAGAUGCUAUCGGACAAUGGAAAAAACUCGUCAUUCGGGUCAACAAGUCUUUACUCGAAUUUCGCUGCCUCAGCAG